GAUAAUGCAGUGAGGUGACAGGGUAUUGAGGCGAUAUUCUUCAAAGUUCACUAUGAAUCAUAGCCAUCAACGAUCGAUUCGUUCCCAGAACUUGGGAAAUCAGCGACCCGACGGACUCCACCGUAUCGACUGAGGCGACUGCUGCAUGUUAGUCAAGAAUCCGCGCCCCACCCAUGGCGUCUGACCUGGCACUGACUUCGGAAAUGUCCGGAGCACCGGCGCUGGAACUCACACGGAUGCUCUGGACCGUCACAAUACUGCUGGCUGUCCUGACAGCGCCCACCGACGCCCACCCCAUGCUGGACGCAAUCACCAACUGGGUCAAAAAGGCCGGCAAAACCAAACUCGGUCAGGGCGUCAUAAACAACUUUUUCACUGGAGGGCAGCUGAACAGUGACGAAACAACCGAGGACCCGAUGGAGUUCGAAAAACAAAUUUGGCUGGCGGAGACAGGUCAGGUCAAAAUCCGCAAGUUUGUGCUGAGCCAGCGAGAGCGAGGGGACUACAUUCUCAACUUCCGGAAGUACUACAAAUGCAUCUCGGAGAAACGUCGAGCCAAACAGACGGUCCAGAGCACCGCGCUGGUCAUCAAGGCUGGGGCGACCAUCAGCGCCCAUUGCCCGGUCUGCCAGUACCCGAACCGGGGCGACGCCAGCAUCUGGCGACGGAUGCUCUACAAACAGACCGUCACAGAGGACGUGCCCGUCGAUAUGGACCAUUUUAUCGUGUCGCCCGGUAUGAAACUGACCCUUCAGGGCGCGCUGCCCUCCGACUCCGGCAUCUACAUCUGUCAGAACUACUUCACAAUCCACGCCGUCUACAACAUCGACGUGGUGCCGUUUCUGCAUCCGAAGACGGUGCACGGUCCGAGCGCUCCCUCCGGACCGUACCCCGCCGAGUCCGUGGAUCUGAAGGAGAACAACCUGCGCAUCUUCACGGACUGGAGCCAGUGGUCGUCCUGCAGCCGCUGUGACCGGGUGGGGAAGCGGUUCCGAUCUGGAAUGUGCUUUGUCCAACCCCUGGAGGCCGACAAACCGAUACGACUCAAGCCCGGAGAGGAGAGCUUGGUGGCCAAGUCGGCGUUUGAGCAGUUUCCACACGGCCUGCCCUGUGAGACCAAGCUGCUACCAAACGAAUUACGCGAGCUGCAACCGGUGGCCGACAGGCGGGCCGAGAGAGAGGUCCGAUUCUGCAAGGUGCCGUGCCCCAACACCCGAGUCUGGAUCGUACGGGACGCCUACGGAACGGUGCGCGAGAUCUGGAAAAAGAACAACCGUAGCAUCGUGGAACGACUGGAGGCGCCUCUCUCCAGCUAUGUGCGCCGCAGUACCGUCUACACCAACACCGGGAAAAAGAUACGGAUCGUCUGCAGCGGGUCAGAUCACAGCUCCGUGGUGCAGUGGCAGAAGAGCAGCCGCCUCCUGGACCCGGUGGGCUACCGGCGGGAGACCCACGGCAGGGUGUUCAUCGACAUCAACAAGGUCAUCCAUAUCAGGAAGGCUGCCUCCCAGGACUCGGGACUGUACACGUGCUGGCAGAAGGACAACAUGGUGGCCUCUGUGCAGCUGGUGGUCGAGUACAACAUCUACUUCAAGUACAAGGAGUACAUCGUGGUCAUAGGGAUCAGCGUGCUGGCCGCGGCCAUCGGUGUUGGUAUUCUCUGUAUGUGCGCCAAGUCCUGCUACAAGCGCUGCGGAGGAGGCAAAAAGAAACCCAAGAUGAUCAUCGCGAAAACGUGACGAAACGACAAUAUGUGAAAUGAAUCGAUGAUAUGUGAAUCGUAAUGCAAUCCUAAGUGUUUGCAGUGUGUUGUGAAUCGAACAAUGAAGCAAAUUAUAACAGAGAGUGAAAGAAGGAAAAUGACAGAUUAUUUCCUUUCGAACAUCUACUUGUAAUGAACAAAUAUUUAAUUAUGCGCAGUUCGUCUUGUGUCGAGAAAGCUGUCGGAGCGUUAUUAGUACUUCAGUGACUGUUUACAGUCUCUGUGACUGCUACACAUUUACUAGUCUGCAUCGACAUCGUGACUCAUGAGCCAUGCACGUCAUGCCAUUCAUAUCACCACGACCUUUUAGAAAUAUAAAUAGCAAAUGUGUGUGGGUGGGUGGAUAUGUAAGGUGAUAGCAGCCCACAAACAUCCUAUAACCGUGAUACGACUGUCCUGUGGAGAGCGAAUACUAACGUGAUAGCGAUCCCACAAUAUAAACAAUCACACGGUA